AUGGGGAAAGCGUUCAAUUUUUGCUUCAAAAGCUCAUCGCUCAAGUGCGGUUGCGUGAGUGAUGCGGCUAAAAGCUGUGAACGAGUCAGAAUGCUCAACCAGGGAGAUAUUACAGCUUGCAAACUGCAUGAACCAAUGCGAGUGCCACGACCUAUACUACGAACACUGAGCAACACUUCGUUGUCGAUUGUUGUGGAUCGGUUCUUCAGUCGACCACCCUUCGACGUCCUCAAUCCAUCCAGGCUCAUGUUGUUAGCAGAUUUUAUCGCAAAGGUCAGAAUCAAUUAG